UAUAAACCAGCUUUAGAAAAUAAACGAGGCAUUAGAAGUUCUACUAUGUAUGCACCUGCAUGGGGUCUGAGAGGGAGACAACAUGAAAUGCCCUAUUGCACCUUCCAUCAUUGUGACCUUCUUCCUAACUCCAUCUCUGGCCCUGUUGAACAUCAGUGACAGCCAUCCUCUGGAUGGAUCUGUCGCGACCCAGAUCAUCCAUGUCAAUGCCCUCCGAGGUCUGGUCAGCAUUCGAGACAACAAUGUUUUGAGUGAAUGGGAUGGAAUCAUGGACUACAAGAAUGCCCUCUUGGCGGCUAAGCUGUUUAGCAAAAUGGCCUGUGUCCUGGCCAAGAUGGACCAAGCUGUCUUCCCAAGCCUGGCUGAUGUCAGCAAGGCCCUGGAUCAGAAGGAUUUGAAGCAUUACCCAUCCACCCACGGCCUGACCUACACUGUCUUACCCAACCGGGUCAAGAACUUGGCCCAGUAUGGAGUGGCCAUCAGAGACAUGUGCAGAGAUGUUCCCACCUACUUUGCCCAGCAGCAAAAAGAAGGUACUGCCCUGGCAAUUGACCCAGAUUCCUGUUUCAGUCUGCAAAUUCUGCUCUUUAUGGGACUCUCCAUCUGUGGUGAGAUCCCCGGGCUCUGAGCCUCCAGGUGUGCCACACGGAGAGCGGCCCCACCGGGCUGUCCCCACUCUGACUGGGGCCGACACCCAGGGACCCGGCCCAUCCUCUGCCCACGGGAAGCUAUCCAUUUCAGUCCUCCGCCUUCCACCCAGCUCUGUGUAAUCUGGAAAAAUAUAUAUGCUCUCUCCCCCUGGGUUAGAACAAUAAAGUUUCUUGUG